AUGAGCCCCUUGACAUCGUCAGAGCUCGAGCGCCUGCGGCCAAGCGGCCUGGUCUACCUCGUAGGAGCCUUGCGGACCAGGCAAGACGUGUAUCGGUGGUGCCAAGCCCUGCGCCAGUGGCAGCCCCCGAGGGCUCCGCUGAGAGUGCACAUGGAGCACAACAGCCUCGACGAGCAUGCCGCGGCAGAAAUCCUCGAGGCCGUCGGCGGCACUGUCCAAGCAGUGUACCUGCACCACAACGAGAUACGAGACAUGGAACCACUCGGGACCUUUAUCGAAAAGCACUCGGAGACCCUGCAGGAGCUACACCUGAGCCACAACCGACUGUACACAGCGGAGACGAAAGCACUGCUGCUUCAAAUCGGCUGUACCAGGCUCAGCAGCGACGCUACAGAGACCACCAGCAGUUGCUCGUGGCUGAGGUUGGAAUUCAACUACAUCGACGUAGCAGAGCUGAUGAGGAACCUCCCCCCACCCAUUAGGCAACGAAUACAGCUCGACGACUGUGGGUGCACGCCAGGGCGAUGUUACUGCAAGAGACGGCGCUACCUGAAACGCAUCCACUGCAAGCUCCUCGCAAUGCAGCGCGCAAUCCCGCCCGAAGAUCGGCCUCAGCGGCAUCAGCUACAAAGCGAGGCAGCAGCGCGGCAAGGACGGCUCCAGCUGGACCACGAGCCCAGAGAAGAUUCGGGGACGGCGAUCUAA